UUUUUGUUCCUUUUUGGUCUGUGUGCCUCCGUUGCCGUCGUCGACAUUCCAUCGUUCCUUUCUCUCUCCUCACACACUGUUUCCUUCCGCUCGUUUCCUUGUCGUCUCGAACGGUUCUGCUGUCCUCGUCGUCUCCUGUUGAGUUGGACGCAUCAAAGAAAGCGCUGAAUCUUUGUGAUAGCGAUUUUGAAAGGUUCUAUCGUGACGAGCAGGUCUAUUUAGCGUCAUUCAAACAACUCCCUAUGAAAGACAAAUUUGAGGGGCAUUAUCUUGAAGCAUUAGAUGAUCAUGCACAACGGUACCAGGACUGGGAGGAUGCUCGUAAGGCCCUGAAUGCACUUCUUUCUAGCAUUCUGAGUGGACCCAUCCAUCAGCUCCACACAAAUGUAUCACGGGCUCGGAACCGGGUUAAUACUACAUAUACCGCUCUGCAAACAGCAGAAAAACAGACUUCCAAUUUGGAAGUUUCUUUAAACAUAGAGAAGCGAUGGGAAAUAGGUGGCUCUGAAUAUAACUGUCGCAAAGAAAGAGCUUCAUUUGCAAAGUAUCGGAGUGCUCUAGAUGCUCUAAAGCGUGCAGUUGUAAUGCGACUGACUGAGCUUUCCAAGUUGUCAAUGUCUGGAACAGGCUAUAAACUUCAGCAACAGAUCAGCAAAGGAUUGCAGUGGCACUCUGAG